AGCCAACCAAUCCGCUCUCGCGUUGUUGGUUGCUUGGCUGCUUCGCCGGGUCAGGUUGCAAGUCUUGUUAGGGGGAAAAGCGUCUUUCCGAGGCAGCGUCGGAGGAGCCGAGCCAUGAACCCUGGGGACCGUGUCGAGACGGGGGAGACGGAGAACCUCCAGGGGAGGCUGUGUGUGCCCAUUCCGAGAGAGGCGCCUUGCAAGCAGGUGCAGGAGAAGCUGUCUGGGGUGGUUAAAAACGUCCACAGGAAACUGCGCAGGAAAUACAGAGAGGUGGGCGACUUCGACAAGAUCUGGCGCGAGCACUGCGAGGACGAGCAGACGCUUAGCGAGUACGCCGUCGCCAUGAAGAAUCUCGCCGACAACCACUGGACCAAAAAGUGCGAAGGAGAGGGCCGAAUCGAGUGGUGUCGCAGUGUCUGUCAAGAAUAUUUCUUGGACGGCGGAAUGAAGCGGAUGUUAGAAAAGGAUGAAAAGAGUGCUGCACAUGCCUUGGGUCUGAGUGGCCAAGCACACAGUGCCAUCCCCAGUUCAAUAUCUCAGCUGGGAAAGAUUCGUCUUCUGGACGUCGGAAGCUGCUUCAACCCUUUCCUGAAGUUCGAUGACUUUCUGACCGUUGGUAUCGACAUAGUGCCAGCAGUCGAGAGCGUCUACAAAUGCGACUUCCUCAACCUGCAGCUCCAGCAGCCCCUCCAGCUGGCGGGCGACGCCGUCAACGCCUUCCUGCGCCACCUCCGCAGCCCCAUCGACGCGCUGCCAGCGCAGCUGUUCCACGUGGUCGUCUUCUCGCUGCUUCUCUCCUACUUCCCCUCGCCGUACCAGCGCUGGAUCUGCUGCAAGAAGGCCCACGAACUGCUGGAGCUGCACGGCCUGCUGCUCAUCAUCACGCCCGACUCGUCCCACCAGAACCGCCACGCCCUCAUGAUGCGCAGCUGGCGGGUGGCGGUGGAGUCGCUGGGCUUCAAGCGCUACAAGUACGUCAAGUACUCCCACAUGCACCUCAUCGCCUUCCGGAAGGCGUCCCUGGCCACCACCAGCGACUUGGUGUCCCGCAACUACCCAGAGAUGCUCUACAUCCCGCAGGACUUCAACUCCAACGAGGAGGAGGAGGAGUGCGGCGCCGCGUUGCCGCCGCAGGGGCUUCGCUCCGACUUCGAGGACGACCAGCUGGCUUGGGGCUUCGCCGAGCUGCCGGACGCGCCAUACGACUCCGACUCCGGCGAGAGCCAGAGCAGCUCGGUUCCGGGAUUUCACGAGUUCGAGGAUCCCAUCUUACUUCAGAGUUAGGCAGAACUAGCACUUCUCCCCCCUCCUCCCCACCGCUGACCCCUCCUGACUUCCCGACUCCCCCAACGGCCUUUCUCUGCCUGUCUUCUUCCCUUCGGCUACGGCGUUGCCAAAUCUAAACCUGCUGCAUUCUCCUCCCAUUUUCCCAACCCUUCUACUGAAACAUAAUGCAGUUUGCACAGUGGGAAAGAGAGUUUACAGAUUAUUUUCACAUAUCCACACACACACACACGCAGACACUAAGAAUGAUAUAUUUUGAUUUAAAAAAAAAAACAACAAAAGCUUUUAUAAGAGUUUGAAUGCCCUGAAGAUAGCCCAGCUCCUUACCCCUUGUUUUUAACGUCCAUCUCUACCAAUCAGCUCUCAGCAAUUACAAUUCAGCCCGUUUACAUUCUGCACUUGGUCUCUAUUUCAAUAAGCUAGUGUUGCAGGCUGCUUGUAUUAAAGCCAAAAAAACUCAGCAACUCCUGUAGUCUGACAGAAGCUUGAUUUUUGCACUGAAGAGACUGGGAAGGAACGCUUGCUUCUGUCACAGUCAUACAGCUCAGCCGUUGGUUUUCCCAACCUAAAGGAAAAAAAAAAAGCCCAGAUCUUGACUAAAAAUCCGUGUUGUCCAGUGUAAAGUGUGGUGACACCAUUUUUAAUCCAAGAUCUUCUGAAUUAUUUCUGUGUCUUUUACAAUACCCUUCUAAUUGUAGCAUUUCAGACACUUUUAGUGUUACUUUCCUUGGGUGAAUAUGUGACUGUUGUCAAACAAGGUACGACUUCUAGGUAUUGCACUCGCCGCCUCCUCUUAUCUUUGUGUCGGAAUGUUAACUCUGGGUUAUGUCACCGUUCCUUUCCUUUAAUUUGCUGGGGAAAAAAAGAUAUUCCAGCAUCGCACAUCUGUGAUUUUAAUCCGACUUAUCUGGAAUAUCAAUGUGAAAAGGGUUGCCUAAAUUAUCCAAACCUAAGCUCCUUGUUUUCUCUUUACGAGUCAAGAGAUUUGCACAUAUGGGAACAAAAUCGUUGGUACCCUUACUAAGAUUUGUAAAAAAAAAAAAAAAAAAACACCUUAAAAGUGGCAUAAUCUCGCACUGAAAACCAGCCUUUAAUUUGUGUAUAUCUGUUUAGUGGUAAAGAAAAUUCUACAUUAAGAAAAAGAAAUCUUAAAAGUUCUGCACUCCAUACAAUUUCAGCCUGGGGUCUGACAUCACUGUAGCAGAAGGUUAAUUUGGCUCAUUAUCCUUCUUAAAGAUCCAAUGGUGCCCCACUGUCAUUUUUCUGGUAGAGUAUUUUUCUUUCAAAUAUCUUGGUAUUUUCAAUAAACUCAUGAUACCAUACACUUUUAACAAGGUUACCAGGUUUGCAUCACAAAUCCUUCAUUGUACCAUACAGUGAGCAUCCUUUGUUUUACAUCGAUUCCUUUGGAGUGUUGUCGCUCACACUCUUCCGAUUAAAGUACCAGAAGACUUUAGCAAACGCCGCGUGUUGACGUUCUUCAUGCUAGGCCAAAAAAAAGUGCCAGUAUUUCUUGGAGUUCUCAAACAGUGACGUUGGAUGUUUUCGUUGAUGUUCACUCAAAGUAAAGGUUGGAUUCUUUCGGUUUUCAGUCUGACAUUAUGCCAGUGAUGGGAAAGUCGUCUUUACUGCGGUGCCAAUAAACCCGUUUGCACACAGGGGGGUUUUAGCUAAAGACACUACCAGAUGAAAUGCUAGCAUGUGUUCCCUCUGGCCCCUGGACGGGUCCAAUCCUGAGAGUAUGUCCGGGUUCGUGUGUGUGAAUGAGGAUGUUGUGAGUGGCACUUUUAGGAUUCACCCCAAAAGGUGCUGAAAUGUAACCGUUUUCCUCAGGAGGAGCGUUUCCUAAGGAACAACAGGCCCAGACAACACAACCAUUAAUCUUAAGGUGCCUUGGGCCGAUUGUGACGAUUCUUUGGCCAAACUGCACACAAAACAAUUUAGUUCUCUUUUUAAAAAAAAUCAUUUUAAGGGAUCAGAAAAAAAAAGGUUUUUGGUGCAGUCCAAUGUUCUCAUUGUUGUAUUAUUAUUCUUUUUUUUUUUUUCAAGAUUCUUUUGAACAAUAAAACCAUAUUGACUGCACAUAUUCAGAGUACUUUGAAGUGUGUUUGUGACGUGUCUUGCAGUGUUUGCUUUUGGCCUAUUUGCAUGGUUCAUUGUCAUUAUCAACACUUACAACGAUACAGAACAAUGUGUGCUUAGAGAAUGGUUGUAUUACUGUUUUAUAAAUGACUGAAAAACAA